AUCUUUUUUAAAUUAAUAUGCCUAAGGAAAUUCAGGAUGUUAAAGUAUUCCUCUCACUCAUGAAGGGUAACGAAGCAUAAGGCAAAGAUGCCAAUAAAGAACCAAAAAAGAGUACAUUUUUAUCUAAUUUUAAAUAGAUCUCUAUAUUAAAGAGUCCAAGAAGAUCACCAAAUUCAAGUUGAGAGGAAAGAAAUAUCUUUUUACCUUCAAAACAGCUGAUAAGAAUAAGGCCUAAAAAAUUUAAUAAACACUUCCAUAAAGUAUUUAACCUAAUUCACAAUUACUUAGAUGUCAAUAAAAUUGUUAUUGGUGCAGGUGGAAAGAAACAAUAAACCAAAAAGAAGUAAAAGAAAUGAACGCUGAUUUAUUACAUAUUCAACAGUACAUUAUCUAAGAGCAU